GGCUGCUUGAAGCCAGCAAGUCUAUACCUCGUGUGUCAUCCCUCUCAGGCUACACACCUGCAACACCAUGGGGGUGCUAGACCUGAUGUUGCCGUGGAUAACUCGUGCGGCGAUUCUUGUGUCAGUGGUGCUGCUGACUCUCACCACCCUCCGUAGGCACUCGGAUAUCCCGCUGUCGCAGGCAACCCUGCGGGUGGCACAUCUCUGCUCCUUCAGCGUGUGGUUCGGAACAAGCGUCUGGGUUUCGUUCAUUGCUGGAAUCGUGCUCAUGCGAGCGGUCACCAUGGAAACAUUCGGCCUGGCCCAAGCCAAGCUCUUCGACGCGUACUUCAAGUUCAGCCUGCUGUGCUUGGCCGUAGCAGGCUUCACCGGCGCGGCACUAAGCUCCUCGUCCUCCGCCCGGAGCGAUGGCGACGACGGCAGCACCGUUGGCGCUACACCGUUCCUCGUUGCCGUCGCGUGCGUCGUGGCCAACCUUGUGUUCUUCAGCCCCCAGACGACCAUCACCAUGAUGGAGCGGAGUCGGGUCUGCAAGGAGUUGGGCGUGGACCGUAAAUCCCCUGACCCGCAGGUGCGGAAGCUGAGCAAGAGGUUCGGCAUGUUUCACGGAAUAGCGAACCUCAUCAACCUGGUGGCCUUGGCUUGCGGCGCCGUCCACCUCUGCGCGCUGGCCGAGAGGCUCAGCUUGUAGUCUGUCACAGCUGAAUCGCAACUCAUUCGUUGUUUUUUUCUCUCUUUUGUGUCUUCUUCUUGUAGUUUGGUGUGGUAGCAAAGCGGAAGUAACUGCUGUGGUAGUCUCUUGGA